UAGUUAUCAAACUGCCGCUCGAAAUUCCAGACAUGAUUCGUGUUUGCUUGUUUAAAUUUAUGUUUUUGACGCAACUGUCGACCAUCUACACCGAAGGAUGUGAUUCUUUUAAAAGCACGAACGUAAGUGCGAGUGUCCAUAUGGAUGAUGAAUUGAAGUUCUACGUGGUGAACGGUUGCCUCGAACCCAAGGAUUUGGAAGGGGGACUCGUACAAAGGGUGAUCGUUCACAGUAAAAUAACGCGGCUGGGCAAGGAUUCUAUCAGGAAUCUGCCAAAACUGGAAUGGCUAUCCAUACAGCAGAAUAGUCUGGAGAUUCUCGAGCCGCAAGCCUUUAGAAAUGUGCCGAGUCUCAAAUGGGUGAUACUGAAGGAAAACAACCUCAAGGAGAUACCAAAAGACGUUUUCAACUUAGUUCCCACCAUUAGUCGCCUGUACCUAUCCUCAAACAAAAUCGACUUCAUCGCGAGUGGAGCCUUUUCCAAUAUGGAGUCGCUCGAAGGGAUCAUCUUGACCGACAAUGCACUCACAUAUUGGAACAGAGACUGGUUUGAGAACUGUCCCAAACUAAAGUAUAUCAGAUUCUCCGGCAACAAAAUAUCCGUUAUCCCGAGAAGAGCGUUCGCAUCGCUGCCGUCGCUACUUGGCAUCGAUUUCACAAGGAACAAGAUCACCAUCAUCCAACCAGAUGCCUUCCAGAACUUAAAAAGCCUCGUUUAUCUAAACCUGAACCUAAACGGGCUCACAGUGCUCGACGAACGAGCGUUCCCCAACAAAAUCCACAUCGAGAAUCUGAUUAUCAACAACAACCGCCUCAACUAUUUGCCGGACAAGCUGCUGAGCAAGUUAUCUGUCGGGACAAUCUUCAUGGAUCCGAACCCCUGGAAGUGUCAAUGUCUGCAGAGGAUACACGACUGGCUGUUUUUCACCAGCGGCAGCGUCGACGUAUCGAGCCAUAACUGCAGAACACCGUACGGCCCGAUUUGCGUAGUUGCUCGAGGUAAAGCAUGCGAAGAAAGUGUUGAUGAAGAUUCGACGCGAAGGUACAUCGGACAUCUGAGAACUUUGACUCAGUCGUUGGGGUUGGGGGAAAAGUGUGCGUUUUUGUUCUCUCAAACUGUGGUACAAUGAACGCGAAGGUAUAUUGGGAAUAUGAAAAAUGUGACUCAGUCAUUGGAGGAAGCUUGUAUUUCCUUGUUUCCUCAGAUAUAAGUUCAAUAUACGCGUAGGUACAUCGAGAAUAUGUGAGCCGUCUAGUGUCUUUAUUUUGUCUCCCAGACUGAAGUAAAAUUCACGUGAAGGUGCCUAUAUUGAGCAUAUGAAAAAUUUGAGUGUAUAUACCGUUGGGAAAAAUUGGUGUUUAUUUGUGCUCUUAUAUGAGAGUAUUAUUAUGAUUUAUCCAACACUAUUUCGGAAAUUGAACGUUCCGCAGUUUCAUUGUUCCUUGGAUUUUUUCAAAUUUUGCGCUCCGUUGGAAUAGAGGUCAUUCCAAUACUUAUUGUAGAAUAGGUAUAAUAUUAGGUGAAGCGUAGUAUCAGAAUAGAAUAUUGUUUCACAUGGAGUUAAAGUGUGAUUAUUCGUGUUGGACAAACCAGAUACCUAAUCAAACUCUUCACCUAGGAAAAGAUUUUAUAAAUGUAUGUAAUUAUUUAUAGAUAGAUAUGAUUAAUUUGACACGAAAAUUCCGAACAAAUAGGUUUUGAAUGGUAUGUGAAUAAACGUGGCGACACAGCAAAGUAUCAUAGUGAAUGAGCAAUGCGUAUUUUGUGUGAUGCGUGUUGUUAGAGUUGAUAAUAAUUAUCGAGUGCUUAACACCUUUUCCAAAAUUGUAUUCCAGAAAUCGUCGAUUCAAUUUGAGUAAGCUUCAAUUUUAUUUCAGAAUAGUCGCUUAUUGUAUCUCGAAAGUAUCAAUUGUAUUCCAGGAUAGUCAAUUUGAUUUCAAAAAGCGUCAAUUGAAUUUUGGAAUCGUCACUUCUAUUUCAGACGUCAAAUGAAAUUUUCAGAAAUACAAAUGACACUUUCUGAAAUUCAAUAGACUAUUCUGAAAUAUAAUUGACACUUUAAAUAAAUUGAACUGACUGUUCUGGAAUACAAUUAACGUAUUCUGAAAUACUAGUGACUACUCUGAAUUACAAUGGACGCUUCCUGCAAUUGAACGGACGCUUUCUUGAAUACAAUUGGAAAAGAUGUAGUUUGAUACCUAGUUUAAGGCAAGUUAGUUACAGAUAUACUGAAUAUGAUUGCCUUCAUUAUUAUCCUGAGAAACAUUGUUGUUCAUCAUAGGAAUAUACAACAUCAACAUAAGAUAAGUUGGACGAAUAAGAAACAAUAAACUAAUAAUAAUUGUACAAUUGUUUUCCAACAAAACAAAAAAAAACAACAUCCGUUUCAAGUAGUAUAAAAUCAAUCAUGAAUAAUGUAUAUUAUAUGUUUUUCACUUUAUUUAUAUUCUUCAAUACGUUAGGUAAUGAGAUGAGUGGCGAAGACAAAUUUUGUCAAUUAUUCAAGGUCGAAUGCCAUCAAAUUGAAAAUUGGAUUUUGAAACAGCUGCUAUCUUUAUCAAUAUGAGAAAUUUGAAUACAAAACAUACCUAUUUAUUGAUUUUAUUAUCUACUCAGGUACAACAUGUUAUGUAUGGAUGGAUGUG